AUGAAUUGGAACCCAUUAUUACUACUGUUUUCCAUAAUUCUGAUAAUAAAUCAAAAGAAUCAGAUUAGGGCAGAAAUUAAAGAGACUAAUUCUAAUCAAUUCAUUAGAACAAAAGGAGUACAAUUUAAUGGAAAACCAUUUUAUGCAAAUGGGUUCAAUGCCUAUUGGUUAAUGUACACCGGCACCGACCCAUCUGAAAGAUAUAAAGUCACCGCCGCCUAUGCCGACGCCGGAAAACAUGGCCUCUCCAUUGUCAGAACUUGGGCUUUCAACGACGGCGCCGGUUACAGAACCCUUCAGAAAUCUCCCGGUAUUUAUGAUGAAUCCGUUUUUCAGGGGUUGGAUUUUGCUGUAUCUGAAGCUAGAAAGUAUGGGAUGAAGGUUAUACUGUGUUUUGGUAACAAUUUUAAAGAUUUUGGAGGAAAAAAACAAUAUGUUGAAUGGGGCAGGAGUAAAGGGCAGAAGAUUGAAUCUGAAGAAGGUUUCUAUACCAAUGUUGUUGUAAAGGAGAUGUAUAAGAAUCAUGUCAAGAAAGUGAUGAAUAGAAAAAAUACGAUCACUGGAGUUAUUUACAAAAAUGAUCUUACCAUAAUGGCGUGGGAACUUAUUAAUGAACCUAGAUUUUAUUCUGAUAAAACUGGAGCUACUAUUCAGUCAUGGAUUAAAGAAAUGGCUGCAUAUGUGAAAUCCAUGGACAACAACCAUAUGGUAGCUGCUGGAAUGGAAGGUUUCUAUGGAUCCUCACAUGCUGGAAGGCAACAAAAUAACCCUAAUUACUUAUGUCUUCAUAUUUAA